AUUCCCCAUGCGUCCUUUCCUCGGUUUCCUCCUCGGGAUCAUCGGCUGCAUUAGCUACGGAGGGAAGGCCACCGCUCACCGUGAGCCGACAAAGGCAGCUCGACAGUCGACGUCGCUGCAGCGUCGUUCAACAAGUCCCCUGAACGUCUUCAGCGGCCUUCCUGCGGGAAGGUCCAUCCUGCUGUCGUCCAUCCAGCGGGGCUCUCCACAGCACGUCAGAGUCCAGACGAGCACCUCCCACAGACCGGCGCGGCAGCCAAAACCGAUAUGUGACGGGAGCGAGCAGCCAUCUUCCCUAUCUUGCAUCGGCUCUGAUGCUGCAUAUUCCAUGAGACUGCACAGGAGACCGAAGAAGCCACCAUCGCCACCAGCACCUAGAUCUGAGGGGCCCGCCGCGGCCGUUGUCCAUCCAGUGGGAGAGAAGGAGAGGGAUGGACCGAAGGGGACGUGCACGGGGUGUAAUGGCACCACCACUGGUCUCUCUGCCUCUCGUGUGGGCAACCGGCAGCUGCGGCUGAUUACGUCUGAAUCGAAGGCAAUGUCUGGCCUUGGGCUGGCACAGGCCAGGGCACGGUUUCCGGUGAGAACAAGACAUUGUCGAUAUGCCCAUUCAUUUCUGCUGGUUGUGUUGUCAGACUGAGUACUUCGGGGAGCUAUGCAUUGGCAUGCCAGCCCAAUGCUUCAAGGUGGUGUUCGAUACUGGCAGCGGAAACCUAGUCGUGCCUUCGUCACGGGUAAGGAAAUGAGGCGCAGAAUGCCGAAUAGACCAUCCUAUGUUGUUGUCUGUGUUCAGUGUGGCAGUCCCGCGUGUGCGUCACACGUCCGGUACGACCAGGCUUUGUCGGCAACGUCGUACGACAUUGCAUUCGCGAACAAACCCGACACAUUAAUGAACAAACGCGUCAGGACACACACAAGUGAACAGAGGAGGGGAGGUGGCUGUUUGCUGUCUAUGGGUGCAGCAUGAGCGGGACUACGUGACGAUCACAUUUGGCACGGGGGAGAUACAGGGAAUCUUCACUAAGGACCUGUGAGCAACAGGCGCUCACAUAGAUGCAUGUUUCCCCCUCCCUCCGUUUCCUGUCAGUGUGUGUCUUCAGCUGCGUUACCAGAGCGACAUAUGCGCCACGACGCACUUUAUCUCUGCGACCCAGGAGAGCGUCGAGCCAUUCAAAGACGUCCCUUUCGACGGGUGAGAAAUGAAGACCUUCAGCCAGCCAAGCAUGUCUGUCCUGUGACCUCCUCCUUAUCUGUGCACAGCAUUCUUGGCCUGAGCUUGCCGCAGAUGUCAGAGGGGCCCCAGUUCAACUUUGUCGACAACCUUAUCAGGGUGAGAGUGAGAGGGGUUGCUCCGAUCACACACGCACCAAGGCACACGUAUAGGUUCCUUCUCUCGGCCGUCAGGAGCAUGUUAUCGACCAGAAGGUGUUUGCGGUCUUCUUCGGCGAGGACGAUGUUGAAGAGAGCGAAGUAACAAACGGGAUGGCUCCGCCAGAGUGAAAGCAAUUAGUCAAUGCCUCCUUGUCUAUCUCUUCUUGUGCCGACGUAGAUAACCUUUGGUGGGUGGAAGAAGGAGCGCCUGAACGACGGUGCCCCUCUUAUGUGGGUCGACGUCACCAGCCCCGGGUUCUGGCAAGUCAGUCUGUCUCCCAUGGCACCCAAAGAGACACAGACAUAGCCAUCCGCCGCUUCCUCUCUAUUUGUGUGCGUUCCAGGUGGGAAUGCACGACAUCGUGGUCGGCAAGGAACACCUCAACAUAUGCCAGCCAAAGGCGUGCCAGGUGGGCAGAAGGGGGGGGGGAUUUGAGGCGUCCAUGCACUGCACAUGGUUGCUCUAUAUGUGUGUGGGGUAUGUGGGGCAGGUAGUGGUCGACACGGGCACUUCUCUGCUGGGGGGGCCGCAGUGGAUGGUGAGUAGGCUCCGGCAGGCUAUAAAAGUCGACUCCUCAUGCAAUGACAUCGACAGGCAAGCCACGAAACAGACACACAGACACACAGACACGGACGCCCUCCCUCUCCUUUUCUGCCGGGUCCUUUGUGCAGCCUGCCUAAUUUGGGUUUCAUGAUCGGCGAGAAUGUGUUAUAUUUGGAGCCGAGGAACUACGUGUCUCGGACGGGCGACAAGUGCAAGCUCGGUGUGAUGGCCGUCAACAUGCCCGAGCAAGACGGGCCGCUGUUCAUACUCGGAGAUCCAUUCCUCGUCAACUUCUACACGGUGCAUAAUCAUUGUGUCUCCCCUUGUGCUCCAUCUCUGUUUCUCUGUGUGUCCACAGAUAUAUGACCGCGAGAGGAUGGCCAUCGGCUUUGGCCUGGCCAGGCACCGCACCCCCAGACCCAUCAGCCUCUUCGUCCACUCGAGUGUAAGAGGGACAAGGGAGGUACGCAUGCUUCGUUGUGUGGGAGUGUGUCUUGACAGACGCUGGCGAGCGACGAGAAUGGCGAGCAGGUGGUGAUGCAGACCGCAUCGGCACGCAGCAACGCCACAGAUGCCAUACAGGCGCAGCAAAGAUAGGACAGUAAGCUAGAUGCUAUACGUGUGUUUGGGCGCUCAGCUGACAAUGUGCAGUCGUACUAGAGACGUGUGCACAUGGCCAUAUGGAUGAAUGUGUCUUUGUUGGC